GGGUUGAUCGUCGGGUAUGAAUGUGAAACACAUAUAUAUACGACAGCACAUCUUAUAUUUUAAGUACAGAUCUGUGUUGGCAUUUUAAAGUCAGUCUCAAGAAGUGGCUAGACAAUACCAAAACAAGACCCAACGACAUCGGAAGCUGUAGUCAUGGCAACCAGGAUGAGCAGCUGGGCAGACGGUGACCCCUUGCGAUACACGGGCAACACGGACCACUGGACAAAGAUGAAGUUACGGUCAGCCAGUAGGGCAGGACAAGCUACGGGAGACAGUUUAAACGUUGAACAACUUGUAGCAGACGAUACACUAGGUAGAACAAAAGUACAACGCCCCACUACAUCACCUUGUCUCCAGAACCGAAGUCUACAGAAUGCCUACAACACCAGGGCGAAAGAAGGGUUCCGCUACUGGAAUAUCGACAGGCCCAAGCCCACCCAAUUUGGUAAAUACGGUCUCGGCUCGUACAAGAUGUUUCUUGGCAUAGGCUCCGCGCCCAGGACCUGA